AUGGCUGGAGAAAUAUUAUCCUGGGAAGAUAAAUAUGAAAUCAUUACACGUAAUUUGCAAGAAGUUAUCGGUGAAGACCGUCUGCGCAACAUUUUGCAAGAACGAAGUCUUCGUGUGUAUUGGGGAACGGCUCCGACUGGUCGACCCCAUAUUGGUUACUUUACACCGAUGUGUAAAUUGGCCGAUUUUCUUCGUGCAGGUUGUGAAGCUCUCGAUGAAGAAUAUCUGAAGGUCGAUGCUCAAUUCGGUGGUGUUGAUCAACGAAAAAUUUUUGUUUAUGCAGAAGAAAAUCUUCCAAAGCUGGGUUAUCGUAAACGCAUUCAUUUAAUGAAUCCAAUGAUUCCCGGUAUAACUGGCACACCAAUGCAUGCUAGUGAUGAGGCAAGCAAAAUUGAUCUGCUCGAUCCAGCGGAAAAAGUCACAGCGAAACUUAGAAAAGCUUUUUGUGAACCAGGAAAUGUCGAAAAAAAUCCAAUACUUGCGUUCUGCGAGAAAGUUGUUUUUCCAUUACUUAAAGACGAAUGUAUGUAA